AUGCAAAGUCCAGCACGACCAUCGAUCUGCUCGUUUGUUGCUUCCGACGCCGGGGAAGAGUUCUUCGGGAUGGAGAGAGUAUGGGGCCACAAAAUGCGUCGAACUUCAAGUGGGUCGCUUUGGAGAUUGGGUUCUAGGGUUCUAAAGUCUCCGAGUCUGUGGAAUUUUCAUCUGUUUUCCGGAGUGGAUUUCAAGCGAAGGAGAACUUUGAUCUGUGCAGUCAAGGGAGAUGCAGAAGGAGCGUUUAAGAAGACUGUGGAAAUCGAUCGGAUGAUUGAUGCUCUUAAAGAUGCAAACCCAAGAGAACUUGAGAAGCUUGUUGUUGAAAAUAUCCUUGCUUUUGAUGAGGGUUUCUGGAUAAGACUCGCGGCUAGGUCGGAUACUUGCAAAUCAGACGAUGAUAAGAAGGACUAUGAGGAGUUAGCUGCAACCGUGAUGACUAUAGUUGACUGCGUUGUGAAUAAGACUCGGGAAAAGAUUGAAUCGUCUACCGAUGUUCUGAAAGGGAUUUUAAGACCCGUUGUGGAAGGAGUGGAAGAAAUUUCAUGGCCUCCAAGAGAUCCUGAAGCCAUCAAUCAAAUGGAAGUGGAAAUAAUACAACGGGAAAAAGAAGGGCAAUUAGAUGAAGGAUUUCUUUCAGAAGUUAGUGCUCAGCUACGGCAGGCAAAAGAAGAUAAAGACAAACCAGGGCUUGCGGCUAUGCUGCAAAAGGUUCUUCAACUCUACGCUGCUACGAUUCUCUCCAAGCGUAGCUACGCAAAGAAAGGGAACGAAGUUGUAAAGUCCGAGCAUUUUCUCGAAACUCUGAUCAAAGCUCCUGAGGAACAAUGGAACAAGCUUUUCUUAGACGGGUUAACAAUCGGGAAAGGACAAGUCACACCUGAUGAGCUAUCCGCUGUUAUCAAGAAACGAAUCGAGCGCACUCUGAUUCGAACUGAAGGAGGUUCAUACCAGCAGAGAAUCUUGAUCGAGUAUCUCAAAGGGAUCGAGUCGAGGGCAAAUGAAAUUAUGAAAUUACUUCAGGGUUAA